AUGGAAAAGGACAGAAUCGUCAGUACAGAGGCGAGUCCAACUAAAACUUCUACCUUCCUGUCAAAAAUCACUGUUAUUUCCCGGCUAUGGGCCAUCCUGACAUUGGCUGUAAUGUGGGGAGCCGGUGUGUACUCUAUACAAAAUCCACCAGACGUAGAUCCGAAGUUGUACCUCGGCUGGUACCUCAUAGCUGCCAGUAUCGUAAUUACCUUGCUUGAACUGACGUGGAUCAUUAACAAAUCUGCAUGUUGCAAACGAGAAGGUUGUUGUUGUCACUGUUGGUCAGUCAUCAUGUGGAUUGAUAACUGGAAGAAAGGCGUUGUCUAUCUUAUCCUGGCUGUUCCAGUGUUCAUGGAGGGCAUGCGGAAUAUACUCGGAAUUAUUAGUGGAUUCCUAUUGGUGGUUUGUGGACUACUGUACGUAGUGAAGACUUUUAAGGAUGGAGUAGUCUACACUGUGACUGAAACUCGUUACGUCAAAACAUACACUCCAAACGUCAACAUGUUGGUACACGAGAUGGCAACACAGACUGAUGACGAUAGAUACUAUGAGGAGCUAGCCCCUAACAAAAAGCGAUGACGUCAUCAACUCACGGACUUAUGAUGACAAAUACUCCGAGGAGCUUGC